AUGAGGCUCAGAUUAGUAAGGACCUACGAAGUACUGGAAAUAAGAGGAGGAAAUUUGGCUCGAAGUAAAGAGUGUAUGUUUCACGAUGAUCAGGGAACUUAUAUCCAUGCCAACAUUUCAAAGGGAGAAGUUGAAAAAUGUUCCAAAGUAUUUGAAGAGGGGAAGUCUUUUGAAUCAUUGAGGAAUCCUGUUGAAGUCAAUGAAACUAAGCUAUUUGAUGUCAUAGGUCGAGUGGUUGAAAUUUAUUCUCCAGUGCAGAAGCUAAUUGCUGGAAAAGUAGCCACUGUAACCGACUUCGUGAUUGCUGAUACCCAGGACAAUCAUUUGAAGUGCACAGUAUGGGAUGAGCAUGUUGCUGCUAUUCAUCAAUUCUACAACAUAGAUGUGAAAGAACCUAUUAUUGUUGCCAUUCAACUCUGUAGGGCUAAGAUUGUAAAUGGUGAAGUGAGGAUUACUAGCUCCUAUGAUGCCACAAAACUGUGGAUUAAUCACAUUUUUGCUGAGUUGGCUGAAUUUAGGUCCAAACUUGCUGCUGAAAAUAGUCCACAUCGUAGUAUUACUACGACAACUGUUCUAUCUCAAUCUACUGGCUUAGGUGAUUUCCAAAGUGGUUCUAUAACUGUCACCACCUUGUCUGACUUGAUGAUGAAAGAGGAGGAUGGUGAAUUCUAUGUCCCUGCUGAGAUUGUGGGUAUUCAGGGUUCCCAUAAAGGUGAUUGGUAUUACACCUCAUGCAUGUCACAAGGUUGCAAUAAGAAGUUAAGCGUGGACAUUGACAUUCCACCAGAGUUGGAAUCACUGAUUGGAAUGUCAAUGAUCUUCAAAGUGUCACUAAAAAGAAACCAAAUGCGUGGACCUACUUCAGCAUAUAAUGUGAUGAGAGUUAUAAGGGAUGAGGCUUUAGUUGAUGCAUACUGUUCUAGGCUACAUGAUACCCAAGAGAAGGAUCUCAUUUCUAGAAUGAUUGAAGAAGAUGAUGAUGACAGUUCUGACUCUGAUCAGGAAGGAUCUAAAGGUGAUGAAGUAAACAGCUCAGUGAAUGCAUCUCAAGAAAAGGGAAAGGAGACAGACUCUGAUAAUUCAGACACUAUCAAGAGGUGUCUAAUGGACCAAUUUUCUACAUCAACCAAACUUAAGAAGUUGAGGAUGGUGGCUGUCAAGACUGAAAAGAUUUAA